GUUGUGGACAAGAUCUUGCAUAUCAUCAAAGUACUACUACUAUGAAAACACAUCUUGCUGCAUUUCAUCAUAUUACAAAAGCUACAGUUGAAAAAAAUCAAGGUUCUUCUACUUCUCAACAAUUAUUACCUAACAUUUUAAAUAAUGUUUCAAAAACAUUUCAUGCUAUAAAAAAACAAAAAGAACUUAAUCAAUAUUUAGUUAAAUUUAUUGUAGGAACUGUUCAAUCUUUACAAUUAAUUGAAGUUUCAGAUUUUAUUAAUUUUUGUAAUCAAUUAGAUCCAAGAUAUAAGAUUCCAUCCAAAAAAACUUUAAGAAAUGAGAUAGAUUUUACUUAUCAUUAUAUGUUUGAUCAAAUAAAAGAAUUAAUUAAUAAUAGUGUUGAAUAUGUUUCAUUUACUUUAGAUCUUUGGAGCUCAAAAGCACAUAUUUCUUAUUUAACUGUUACUUGUCAUUGGAUUUCUCAAGAUUUUGAAUCUAAAAAUAUUCUUUUAA